GGCGGUUGCCCCCGUGGGCUCUGAGGAUGCCGGCGGCUGCGCGGCGGCGCGGAGCGCGGGUUCUGUGGGCGCUGCUGUGGGUGGCCCUGGCGCGGUGCUACAACGUGGACGUGGGUCGCCCUGUGGUUUUCCAGGGCCCCAACGGCUCCUUCUUCGGGUACUCGGUGCUGCAGCACUACCACGACAGCACGCGGUGGGUCUUGGUUGGUGCUCCCAAGGCAGAAUCUAAAUACAGCACCUCUGUUCAGUCCCCAGGAGCAGUGUUUAAGUGUCGAGUCCAUACCAAUCCUGACAGAAGGUGCACAAGAACUGGGAUAUGGGACGGAGGCAAUUCUCGGGGUACACUCUGUGGAAAGACCUGCAAAGAAGACAGAGAUGAUGAAUGGAUGGGUGUAAGCCUGGCUAGACAGCCAAAGGCUGGUGGAAGUGUGCUGGCAUGUGCACACCGCUGGAAAAACAUCUACUAUGAGACAGAAUACAUCCUGCCCCAUGGUUUCUGCAACAUCAUUCCCCCGAACCUGCAGCCCAAGGGGAGGAAGCUUUUGCCCUGCUACGAAGAGUACAAAAAGAAGUAUGGGGAGGAGCACGGCUCAUGCCAGGCGGGGAUUGCAGGCUUCUUCACUGAGGAGCUGGUCAUCAUGGGGGCACCAGGGUCUUAUUACUGGACAGGGACUGUCAAAGUUCUGAAUCUCACUGACAACAUGUACUACAAGCUCAACGAUGAUGCUGUGAUAGCCCGGCGGUACACAUACCUUGGAUAUGCAGUGACAGCAGGUCAUUUCUCUCAGCCAACUACCACGGACAUUGUAGGAGGAGCUCCUCAGGAUGGAGGCAUUGGAAAGGUUUAUAUUUUCAGAACAGACAGACGUUCAGGAUCUUUAAUAAAGAUUUUUCAGGCUUCUGGGAAAAAGAUGGGCUCUUACUUUGGCUCCUCCUUAUGUGCAGUUGAUCUGAACUCUGAUGGGUUGUCAGACCUGCUGGUCGGAGCACCUAUGUUCUCUGAGAUCAGAGAUGAGGGUCAAGUCACAGUCUAUAUCAACAGAGGAAACGGAGUGCUGGAAGAGCAGCUCAUCCUGGAUGGUGACAGUGCCUACAAUGCACACUUUGGAGAGAGCAUGGCUGCCCUCGGUGACAUUGAUGACGAUGGCUUCCCAGAUGUUGCCAUUGGAGCUCCCAAGGAGGAUAACUACCUAGGAGCAGUGUAUAUUUACCAUGGGGAUGCUAAUGGUAUUGUACCUCAGUACUCUAUGAAGCUGUCUGGGCAAACAAUAAACCCAAUGCUGCGGAUGUUCGGCCAGUCCAUAUCAGGGGGAGUUGAUAUGGAUGGCAAUGGUUAUCCAGAUGUGACUGUUGGAGCCUUCUUGUCAGACAACGUAGUUCUUCUGAGAUCUAGACCUGUCAUUACCAUGGACAUCUCCAUUUUCCUGCCCGUGUCCAUAAAUAUCACAGCUCCUCAGUGCCAUGAUGGCUUGCAGCCCGUGAACUGCCUCAAUGUCACAGCAUGCUUUCGCUUCAGUGGCAAGCGUGUUCCUGGAGAAAUAGGUUUGAAUUAUAACUUGACUGCUGAUGUGGCAAAGAAGGAAAAGAGCCAGCAACCCAGAGUGUACUUUGUGACUUCUGGAGAGACAGUGGGGCAGAUCACAGAGAAGUUACAACUGACAUACAUGCAGGAAAAGUGUGAACAUUACCUAGCAUAUGUCAAGAAAAGAGUCAAAGAUGUCAUAUCUCCAAUUGUAUUUGAAGCUGCAUACAGCCUCGGGGAGCAUUUGAUAGAAAGAGGAAAAGCAGACAAGGAACUACCUGCUCUCAAGCCCAUUCUCCGCUGGAAGAAAGGACAAAAGAUAGCACAAAGGAAUCAGACUGUUUUUGAGAGGAACUGUCAAUCCGAUGACUGCGCCGCGGAUUUGAAACUUCAGGGUAAAUUGUUGCUGUCUAGUGCUGAUGAUAGAACUGCCUACCUGGCCCUGGGGGCAGUGAGGAACAUCUCACUCAACAUUUCCAUCUCCAACAUCGGGGAUGACGCCUACGACACAAAUGUUUUCUUCAAUUUUUCUGGGGAGCUCUUCUUCAUCAAAAUGUGGCAAAAGGAGGAGUUGGGCAUUGCCUGCGAGUUGCUGGAAUCAGACUUCCUCAAGUGCAGUGUGGGAUUUCCUUUCAUGAGAUCAAAAUCUAGGUACGAGUUCAGUGUGAUCUUUGACACAAGCCACUUGACAGGACAAGAAGAAAUGCUUACAUUCCUUGUCACUGCCCAGAGUGGAAACUUAGAACGCACUGAAUCUCUACAUGAUAAUACUCUAACCCUGUCGGUGCCCCUCGUGCAUGAAGUGGACUCAUCUAUCAGUGGAGAAGUCUUCCCCACCUCAUUUUUCUAUGGUGAUUCUGUGGAAACAUCCAACUUCGUUCAGUUAGAAAACCAUGAGUGCCUUUUCCAGUCUCUCAACUUCACACUUCAGGUUUACAAUGCUGGACCAAGCACUCUCCCUGGAGCUUUCCUUGACAUUUCAUUUCCAAACCGCCUCUCUGCCACCGGCGCUGAAAUAUUUCACGUUCAGCAGAUGAUGGUUGGUCAGGACAAAGGAAGCUGUUCUUUUCACAGAAACCUCAGCCCAUGUGUUGUUCCUCAAGAGAAUGAAAAUAUUUUCCACACAAUAUUUGCAUUUUUCACAAAGUCUGGCAGAAAAGUAUUGGACUGUGAAAGACCAGGCAGAUCCUGCUUAGUUAUACGAUGCAACUUAAGCUCACUAGCCAAAGCAGAGUCCUGUGAUAUAAGUAUCUACACACUGCUGAACACUGAGAUACUGAAGAAGGACAGUUCAUCAGUCAUCCAGUUUGUCACAAGGGCAAAGGUUCGGGUGGACCCUGACCUCAGAGUUGUGGAGGUGCCCAAAGGGAGCCCUGAAGAAAAACCAGUGGUCUUUGAGGCUUUACACAAUCUGGAGCCUCGUGGCUAUGUUGUCGGAUGGAUCAUUGCCAUCAGUUUGCUGGUGGGAAUUCUCAUCUUCCUGUUACUGGCUGUGCUCUUAUGGAAGAUGGGCUUCUUCCGCCGGAGGUACAAAGAAAUUAUUGAGGCCGAAAAGAGCAGAAAGGAGAAUGAAGAUAGUUGGGACUGGGUCCAGAAAAAUCAGUGAACUGCUCACAAAAAACCUACAGCCCAGUCAUGUGACACGUGCUUGCUAGCCUAUAGGUCCUGCUCUCGUAUCUUCCAUAUGUGGAAGAAGGAAUCUUCUCCAGAUUUUUCGGAGACCCCAGUGAUGCUGUGUCUUUAUCACUCCAACAAGCUAGGGAACAUAUCCUGAGGCAACCACUGCAGCCAUGUCAGGUGACUGGAGCAAUUUACACUUCAUUUAAGAGCUGAACUUUGAACUUUGGCAACCAAGCUGCAGUGCAGAGCAAUAUUUAUGAAUCCAGCUAUGUGGUAUACCCUCAGGGGAAGACUGUUACCUAAAAAUAUUUUUUAUAAAUAUAGGCUUUUUAUAUUGAUUAUGUCUUUAUAUUUGUAUCAAGGUUUUAUAGUUUCUAUUGAAUAGCUAUAUAGUUCACUCAAAGCACUGAUAUCUGGCUAAAUCCUUGGAAAUACAUAUAUGUAUAUAUAAAUCCUAUUGUACUUGUAAACUUCGAUGCAAGAGAUAAAAGAGAUUUGCAGAUAAAAGUAGCUGAAAACCACAUAUGCUUAAUUCACAAGGCUUGGUAAUGUUGUAUAUAGACCAUUUAAUGGCAAUAAGCCAAAGUCUUUUCACUAUCUCUUUUUUUUUUCGGUUGAAUUUGAUGUUUGAUUUAUAAAGUAAAGAACCUAAAGCAUUUCACAGAUUGGCUAUUUUGUAUCUGAGUCUAUCCUUUAUGGGCCUGAAUGGGAGAGGAUGAGAGGGCUUCCUCAGUGACACAUAGGAAGAUGUUUAGCUUGUUUUGGCUUACUGAAGGAAGCAUCACAAAAUGUCUUCCUUUGGGAAUUUUUUUCCCUCAGUCUCUAGUACUUGGAUAAUGGUCUAGGACUGAACAACUGAGAUACCAGGAGGAUAU